AUGAAGGCAAAUUACUUUUACGCUGUCGCAUCUCUAGCAAGAGUGGCGCUGGCAUCGGAAUCCCAACAACCCUUGAUUGCAAAAGUGACCCACGAUAACGCGAAAUCUCCAAGCGUGAACUUGGACGCAAUUAUCAAUGAAUCUCCCCUCUUAUCAUUCCACAGAGACAUUGUACAAAUUCCGUCAAUCAGCGAACAUGAGGAGACGGUUGGAAACUUCCUCUUGGACUUCAUCCGCUCACACAACCUAACCGUUGAGAAACAAAUUGUCACUCCGGGAAGCGACACCGAGCAAGAAAGAUUUAAUAUUUAUGCCUACACUGGGAAUAACAGGUUUCCCGAAGUCGUGCUCACAAGCCAUAUUGAUACUGUGCCACCUUUCAUCCCUUACUCGCUUCAUCAACCAGCCUCAGAUAACACAGAGAAUCUGACAUUCAAUCGGUCAGACCUGAUUAUCGCUGGUCGCGGGACAGUGGAUGCCAAAGCCAGUGUCGCAGCUAUACUAUUUGCGGCACUGGAAACACUGGAUGCCAACCCAGACGCCUCAAUCGGGUUGUUGUUCGACGUCGGCGAGGAGAAAAGUGGGAUUGGAAUGAAACAUUUCUCAAACUCCGAUCUCAACCCAGCACCACCUAAAUUCCACACUAUCAUAUUCGGAGAGCCGACAGAGCUCAAGCUCGUCGCGGGACAUAAAGGUACCCUCGGAUUCAAGCUUAUCGCUGAAGGAAAAGCCGCGCAUUCGGGAUAUCCAUGGCUUGGGAAAAGUGCAGUCUCUUCAAUUCUUCCUGUUUUAUCUUACCUCGACACUCUGCAUGAUGUCGUGCCGGAGAAAGGUGGACUUCUCCGUAGUGAGACGUUUGGUCAAUCGACAUUGAACAUUGGAGUCGUGCGCGCCGGUUUAGCUGGUAAUGUCGUUCCUGCAUAUGCCGAGGCGACAAUUUCCGUUCGUCUUGCAGCUGGAAAUCCAGAUGACACGCGAGAGAUUGUGAGGAAGGCGGUUGAACAUGUGACUGGUGGUGAUGGAAGCGUCUAUCUUGACUUUGGGAACACCGAGAACGGCGCUCCGCCUCAAUAUCUUGAUUUUGACGUCGAUGGGUUUGACGUGAUUACUGUGAACUACGGGACUGAUAUUCCUGCCUUGAAGAUCAGAACGCAGGGAGGUCCAAAAGUGAAGCGUUAUCUCUACGGGCCGGGGAGCAUUCAUGUUGCCCAUGGUGAUGACGAGGCAAUCACUGUGGGAGAGCUUGAAGAGGCGGUGCGAGGAUACAAAAGAUUGAUCUCGGCCGCGCUGGGUGCCCACUAG